GAGAAUGUUUCUUAUCUAUCGCAAAAUUUGUUGUGUUAUAUGGAAAUAUGGACGAUGAGGUUUAUAACAUGAAACGAUUUCUUUCAUUAUUAAAAUAUAUUUAGAGCAUUUUUUUUUUAAUAAAUAAAUACGAGCUGUGCCUGCAUUAGAUGCAAUAUAAGCUUCUAAGGUCUGGAAAUGAAAAGUUCUACGAAAAGGAAUCAUCAUCCAGUACGAAAAAAAGUACCAAUCAACCUGGAAGAAGAUAUUUUAUGAUAAUUUCUUUAUUUGGUACAUUAUUUCUUGGUUAUAUCGCAAUAGCAAAUGAUUUAAAGCCAGUAAGAAUUGGUAGUAAAGUUAUUGAUACUUUAGCAUUUUCAUUAAAUAUACAAAAGCCUUUUUAUGUUGUUAUCAUCGAUGCUGGAUCCACUGGCAGUCGUGUAUUAGCAUUUAGUUUUCACGAAUCAAUUCUCAACCAUCAUCUAGUACUAGAUGCUGAAAUGUACAGUGAAACCAAACCCGGAUUAAGUGCAUUUGCAGAUGAUCCAAAAGUUGCUGCGAAAUCUCUUAUUAAGCUGUUGGAUAAAGCAAAGUUAGUUAUACCACAAUCAGAAUGGUCUAAUACUCCGCUUAGUAUGAAAGCUACUGCUGGCCUUAGGUUAUUACCUGGACAUAAAGCAAAUAAUAUACUAGAAGAAUGUAGUAAACUUUUUGAGUCAUCUGGCUUCAGAAUAUCAAAAAACUCAAUUUCUAUAAUGGAUGGAGCUAGUGAAGGAAUUUUUUCUUGGUUCACAGUAAAUUUUUUACUAGAUAAACUUAAUUCUCAUACAUCUGAAAAUACGGUAGCUGCACUUGAUCUUGGUGGGGGCUCUACGCAAGUAACUUUCUCACCAAAUAAAAUGCAAACAAAAGAACUGAAAGAGCAUGUGUAUGCUAUUAAUGCUUUUAGUCAUAAUAUGAGUGUAUAUACGCAUAGCUAUCUAGGAAUGGGUUUAAUGGCUGCUAGAAAAGAAAUCCUAACACAUGGAAUGACUAUAAAAAAUACUACUGCAAAGGAUACGAUAGUAAUCCGAUCUGAAUGUAUAAAUCCAAUUGUGAGUGCUCCAUGGAGCUACGGAGGACAAAAUUAUAUAGUAAAAGGACCUGUUAAUGCGACAUUUAAAACGGUUAAGACCCAAAAUUUUGCAGGAAGUAAUGAGAAUAGACCAAUCGUUAGAUUCUCAGAAUGCUUAAAAAUUGUAGAAAAAUAUGUUAAUACAAUAAGUAAUAAACCAAUAGGAUUGGGUACUCAUGAAAUAUACGCUUUCUCUUAUUACUUCGAACGCGCAACAGAGGUAGGUUUAAUAGACCCUUUCUCUGGUGGUGUGAUACACUUGGGUGCUUUUCUGAAACAAGCAACAGAAACUUGUGAUUAUCCUAAUGCAGAGCAACCAUUUAUGUGCUUGGAUUUAACGUUUAUUUAUGUCUUGUUACAUAAUGGUUUUGGCUUAGAACCUUCUACAAGAUUAUUUUUAUAUAAGAAAAUCAAUCAACACGAGUUAAGCUGGGCUUUAGGAGCUGCUUUUAAUGUAUUACAAAGUGGUCUUUAACGUUUGUAGGAAGAAUAAUAUUAAUAUAUAGAAAAAUAGUAGAAUAGAAAAAUUAUCAAUUUUUAAUAGUACUUUAUUAAAAAAGUAUUGAAUGUCAUCAGUAUCAACAAAUCUUAAUAUAAAGGUUAAAUUUUGAAAAAUGUAAUUUAAAAAGAUUUUAUAAUGAAAAAUUAUAAAUGGUUAAUAUUACAUUAUUAUUAAUAUUAAUUUAUAAUAUCAAUUAUAAUCAUCAACUACUUUUAUAUUUUUAUUUUCAUAAUAUUAUGACCCAUUUCGCACAAAUUUUAAUAUUAACAAAUGAAUGUAAAUGCUUUCUUUGUCAUUCAGUUGUUUUUAUACAAUUAUAAUUCUUUUACAUUGGAUUAUUCUUGUAAAUAAUAACAAUUUGAAUUGAUAUUAUAAAGUUAAGACUAUUCUUUAAAUAAUGGAUGCACACUCAGUGAUAUGUACAAUCUACAUACGCACAAAUAUGAAUGAUGUUAUAAUGUUAUAUUAAUAGGAAUAAAAUAAUUUAAAAUAGAAA